CAUCCCGAAUCGCGUGGCGAGGAGACUCUGCUGCCCGACUGACCGUCCUCGGCGCCUCUUAUACCUUUACUCCGGUUUGCGCGUUCUUGAGGAACGUACGUGCCCGUUCCACGUUCCAUUCGAGAGAGAGAGAGAGAGCGCGAUUCAUACCCCUCUUUCAAAGAGUACCUCUACGUUGUACAUAAACAGCCAGAUUUCAUUCGUCGGUGGUGCACCUCGAAAAUAGCCAGGUCCGAGUUAAGAGCUUGUUCGCCAAUAAUUAUCGUACUUUUUUGAGAUCGUUCUCGGUUCGUUUGUUCACACGUUUCAUUUGCUCCGAUUUGACGCGCUCGACAGUUCAGGCAGACAGUGAUAUGGCACAGCUGAUCAGCGUCAAGCUAUCUAGGUUCGACGGAUCCCCCUGGGGUUUUCGUCUGCAAGGCGGCAAGGAUUUUGGCACGCCGCUUAUUGUGCAGAAGGUUAAUACUGGUUCCCCUGCGGAAGCUGCUGGUCUUAAAGCUGGCGAUGCGGUUAUUAAAGUCAACACCACCGAUACGUAUAAUUUAAGGCAUAAAGACGCGCAGGAUGUCAUAGUCAAGGCCGGAAAUAAUUUUGAACUGACUGUUCAAAGAGGUGGCAGUACCUGGAAACCGCAUGUGACGCCCGCAACCGCAAACCUGCCGUCUCCGAUACAUACUGCCUCCGCGGGUAAUGUUGCACCAGUCACAAAGACCUCUUUGGCAGCGAAGAAACAGGACGGAGCUCACAUCGGUGGCGGACACAACUUUAGCCCCAAGCCAUUCCUGAAUGGCACUGGCGACGGUCCAAUUAAAUCCAUCGUGAACAAACAGUACAACAGCCCCGUAGCGAUCUACAGCGAGGAAACCAUCGCGGAGACACUAUCGGCUCAAGCGGAAGUUCUUGCCGGAGGUGUCCUUGGGGUAAAUUUCAAGAAGAACGAGAAAAACUACAAUGCCGAGAAUAGCGAGGUUUUCAAAAUGGUCCAGGAAGCGGACAAAGAACCAAAGACCCCAGAACCUGCGGAGCCAAAUAUCGUGAGCGGCGUGAUAACGCCGUCCUCGCCCGCCCUGACAGGACUGAGGCCAGUCCAAGCACCGGAAACAAAGCCGCAGCCGUCGACGCCGCAGACGAGCUUACCACCAGGACAGAACAUUUGUGCCGAGUGCGAGAGGCUCAUCGUGACAGAAUUUUACUCCUCCGUGAGCCACGCGGUUGGCGGAAGGGCCACUUCACCGAGAUCACCCACGCCUCUGUUUCAUGCUAUGGGCGGGGGUGGUGGUGCGACUGACGAUAGCAGGAACCUCGUAUCGCCGGACGAAUCGAGGAAUCCGGAAACAUCGCAACAGCAAAAGCAGGAAUCUUCCGCCGGGUCGGGCUCAUCGACGCCGGGCGGUGUCGUUUGUAACAACUGCGACCGAUUGAUCGUAGGUGUCUUCGUCAGGAUCAAGGAUAAAAAUCUACACGUCGAAUGUUUCAAGUGCUCGACUUGCGGCACAUCCUUGAAGAAUGUCGGUUAUUACAAUAUCAAUAACAAAUUGUACUGUGACAUUCACGCGAAACUCGUCGCUAGGCAAGGUGCACCAGCUGGUCUCGUACCCCUUACUAUUCCUCCACCAGGUGGCAAAGCACCAGCUAGCACUAUUAGCGCGGCAUUGGCGAAUGCACCUUUAUCGCCGCCUCUCAGCAAUCACGGAUCGUCGCCUCAGCCAUUCUCCGCACCAACGAGCAACAAUCUUAUUGGUCCUAAACCCUUCGGUGGAUCGAGUGGUUUUUCAUCAAAUCUAUCCCCGAUUCCAACAUCAAAUAUCGGUACUUUGCCACGUCCUCAGAGCCAGACUGUGACAGAAAUUCCCAGUAGUGAAACUUACGAAAGGUCCUACUAUUACGAGAUCGCGGAGAGUACAAGAGACCAGUUUUCUCGUCCUGGCUCUGCAAAAUCCCGUCGGAAUCUUAUGUGGCCGCCUCCAAAACCCCUCGAAGAUAUCACAUAUCCUACCGCUAGUCCCAUCUAUAUCAAUCCAAAUUCUGUCCUCGACAGAAAGUGCCAACAGGCGAUCAAAGAGAAACGUGCCAGCAUUGAAGCUUGCGAGCGAGCUUUGAGCUAUAGAGCAGAAAAACAUCGAAACCAUUGGGAGAUCGAAAGAACGUCGAUAGAGCACGGAAUUGAUACAAUGGAUCGAGUGAGUUGUCCCGGACAACCGAUGUACCAACGCGUCGAGCUGGUAGAUUUCAACCGAAAUUCUCGAGCGGAUGUGACGACAUCGAGGCCAAGUUCGACCGACAGCGUCCGAAGAUCGUUGACGCCUACCAGAAUCGUUCAACCGAUUCCGAAACCGUGGACUGCAACUGUCAGCGGUGGCGGUACCAAUCUUUACGAGCAGAGUUACGCGAUACAGCGGGAAGAACAGCCUGGACAAGUCUGCAGUAAGAAGUUCGUGCAACGGGAGAUCUGUCGGGAAAGUAUAUCGGGCGGCAAGGAACAGCGAGCGUAUAAAACGGAAAUCUGUCGGCAAACCAUCUGCUCGAAACCACCCUUGCCGAUACCUAAGCAGGAACCAGCGGAAGUGGAGAAGGAAGUCGAUACCGAGAUUAUUGAUCUGAGAGACGAUGAGACGGACGACGCGGAAGCUUCGAAGGGAAUCCAGGGCGAACACGAUUUUAUCACCGAGACAGCUGAAGAGACCGUGAACGGUAUGCAUGUGAAGCAGUCGGCGACCUUCGAAAAAACCAUGGAAAGAGUGUCCUCGCCGGAGAGAUCUAGUACGCCGAUGAUUGAGAAGAUGGAAGAUGCGACGGAAUCUCAAUGCAUUGCGAAAAGAACCGAGACACAUAUUAAUCGGAAAGUGGAGGAUACGGCGGAAGAACGGACUAUUGAAGAAUCCGCUGAGACGGUUACAUCAGCCAUCGAUGCUCAACAGAUGUUGGAGAAGGUCAAGCAAGAGGAAGAGGAAAGAAUGAAAGAAGAGGAAGAAGAAGAGCGAAAGAAGGAAGAAGAAGAAAAGAAAAGGCGGGAAGAAGAAGAGCAAAAACGUCAGGAAGAAGCAGAGAGAAAAAAACAAGAAGAAGAGAAAGCCAAGAAGCAUGUGACUUUCAAUGAAGAAGAUGAAGAGGUUGAAGAAGUGCGAGAACAACCGCUGGGCAGGACUGUCGUACGAGAGGAACGAAUUACGGAAUCGGAUGGAUCCACUCCAGGACGUUGCAAGGUCACGAAGGAGACCUAUGAAGAGAUCACCGAGGAGGUUCUGGUCCAUGAACGCGUGAGAAGAAAAAAAGCUGUAGAAGACGAGCGUAGAAAGAGUUUACGGGAACAAGUGGAGGUUCAUCAGAGCCUUCGAGAUCAACAAGCACCGGAGAGACGGAAUGUCGUUGCGAGGUACAGCCAGCAGCCUCAGGAGACCAUGGAGACGUGCAAGAAAAAAGUGCAGUUCUUGAAGGAGACGGAAACGGGACCGAAACCUUUGCCGGAUUCAUCCGUAAAAAAUUCCACGCCGAAGGAAUGGAAAUCCGAGAUGGUGAACGCUUUGACAACUGCGCCUGAUCGAUCUUACGCAUCCUUAAACGCCACUUCUAGCGUAAAAGAACUUUACACCGAGGAAACUAUUUAUCUUCAUAAAUGUCGACCUAAACCACCCAAAAAAGAGCCUCGACCAAUCUCGCCCUUUCAGCAAGCGUUGACGAUAGCGCCCGAACGAUCCUAUACUCCUUUGAGUCGCGAAAUCGGGCCGGAAGAUCAGCAGAUCGCCGGUAGAUCGCAGACUCCGAGUCUUCAAGGUCAAAAUGGUCACUGCCCGCCGUUGAAUAUUCUGUACGGCAACGAGGAUACGACAAAAGAAUCUUAUUUUGCACGAGAGCAAUGUGUCAAACAGAAAGUUAAAGAAUCCGGACCACGACCUUUGCCUACACCGCCGCCCGAUCAUCGUCUGAGAGAUUCUUCAGCAUCGCCUGGAAAGAGAUUCCGACCAGAAACGUCAAAACCGAUUACGGCUGGUCUGAAAAAACCGGACGCUAUACCGGGGUACCAGAAAAAUCUAGUAACAAUGAAGUGGGAUCCGGUGGAAGGUCAGCCAUUUAUUCCUAGCAGAACGCCUACUCCGACACCUGCUAGAUCUAAAUCACCUGCUCAAGGACCACCCGAGCCACCAGCUUGUUACGUAAAAACUGCAGCCCCGAAGGUUCGAGAGGAUCCACCACCGUCGAAACGCGGCGGAUCGGUUCAUUUUCCGUCGCGCAAGACUAUUUCUUAUCACGUGGAGGAGGAUACUGACCACGGACAUAAAAAGGAAGAGUAUUCCGCUUCGAGGACCGUCAAUUACGACGAGAAGGAGACAAGCAGUCUUGACGCGGGUCCGACCGACGCGCUGUACGCUCAGUUUCAGGAAACAAGAUGCAUGACCAGCGAGGAAACCAACGAGCAACAAAACACUCAAGUGAAGAGAGCUCUUCAGGUAGUCGAGGAUUACGAAAAAUGCGAACGGAAGAAUAUAUUGCCACCGCAAAGUACGAAAGCAAGCGUCUGCGCCAUCAGCAAAGUGAGUCACACGAAGCCUACCUUGACGUGCCCUAUGAUAUCACAAAGCAGUUCUGCGUCGAACAGACAGCCGACGUACAACAGUUCGACAGAAGUGCGUCAUGUGCAAUACGGGAUUCCCUCGAAGUCUUGUUCGGAGACCGGGGUGACCGUUCUACCUUGCAAAGCGCAUUCGGAUCGUGGUACCAAGGCCGGCGUCGUCGUGGUACCCUGCGAGGAUUCCCAAACCGCCUGUCCUAAAUCCGGAAUCUACGUGACGUCUACGAACGACCGGUCGGGCGUGUGUACCGGAGUCGGCGGCCCCGGAGUUGGCGCAAGCUCCAAGAGCGGAUCAUUUGCCGGUAGCAGCGCGCCUAAACGCGGACGCGGCAUUCUGAAUCAGGCUGUCGGAGCGGGAUCGCGUAUACCACUAUGCGCUCACUGCAAUUCAUACGUCAGAGGGCCCUUCAUCACUGCUUUGGGUCAAAUCUGGUGCCCCGAUCACUUUGUCUGUGUGAACGCUCAAUGCCGUCGUCCUCUUCAGGACAUCGGUUUUGUCGAGGAAAAAGGACAGCUCUACUGCGAAUACUGCUUUGAGAAAUUUAUCGCGCCCUCGUGUAACAAAUGCAACAACAAGAUCAGGGGCGACUGUUUGAACGCAAUUGGAAAGCACUUCCACCCUGAAUGUUUCAAUUGCGCCUAUUGUGGCAAGCUUUUUGGCAACACUCCGUUUUUCCUGGAAGAAGGAUUGCCCUAUUGCGAAGCUGACUGGAAUGAGCUGUUUACCACGAAAUGUUUCGCAUGUGGAUUCCCAGUCGAGGCUGGAGAUCGUUGGGUGGAGGCCCUAAAUAACAAUUAUCACAGCCAGUGCUUCAAUUGCACGAUGUGCAAGAAGAAUCUUGAGGGACAAAGCUUUUAUGCGAAAGGCGGUCGCCCGUUCUGCAAAAAUCAUGCACGUUAAGAUCACAUACUCUCGACCAUCGCAAAUGAUCGAUGGGAUGAUGAGAAGAGACGAACAGGAAGAGCAAACUAAUGAAGAGGAGAGUCUAACGAAAAUAAGAAACGUACAGUGUUAAUACACGGAUUACAUUAUCGUGAUUACUUUCUUU